AUGUUUGAUCUAGAUAUGGCAAUGUCUGAGCAAGCACCAUCAUCUCGUAGUAGUUCACGUUUAGCAAAACUUUCAUCAAAUAUGUUUUUUACUCGACAUGUAGCACAUCCACAACGUUGUAAACAUAUUGAAGGACUUAAUGGUGCGAUGAUCUGUGCUGUAAAUGAUGAUCCUUCUCUUAUUCGUUCUGCAUCGAGUGCACUUAGUUUUAACAUGAGUAAUUUACCUACUCUUCCGUCUUCACGGCGUGUUGAACGAUUAGUUCCGAAUACAGGCUUUUGGAGUACACAUGGCAUUGUUAAUGAUACUGAAAAUUGGAAACGAGAAUUAGCAUCUUUAGCAAAUGCUAGUGGACUUGGACUUGAAAAAGAAGAUCGUAAACAGAAUAAACCAGCAACAGCUGAUCCACAUGCUUCACGUUCCGGUGCACAUUAUUCAACACGAACAGGUCGAUUCAACGAAGGAACUGCAAAAUCAAGAGGACGUACAGGUUCGAAACAUUCGACAGCAUAUUCAGAUACGUUAUUUAAUGUACCUGAAAGUGAACGAGAAAUGUGGAUGUUACAAGUACUUUGUCAACUACUUGGUACAAGUGAUUUAGAAGAUGUUCAAUCAUGGCUCAUAUCAGCUUCACAUACUGAAAAAGACCAAGCUCGUACAAUGAUUAAUUCUGCACUUCGUGGUUUGAAAGAAUCAGAUCGUUCAUCCGAUCAAUCUCAACAACCAGUUGAUCUCGAUUCAUUAUCAGAAUUUGUUGAAAAACAAAAAGUAGAAGGAAAACAAGCAUCGCAAAAAUUCAUUAAAGAAUCUCUGAAUCGUCCUGUACAUUCUUUACAACCAAUCAAUGAAGAAUCAAAUAAUGAUGCUAAUAGUUCACCCGAUCCAUUAAUCAAUGCUGCAUUAAAAAAACAAUCAACUUUACCAUUAGUAAAUACAACAACAUAUCAAAUAUCUUUUCCUAAUUAUAAUCAAAGUCCAGCUUCAUCAUUAGAAGCAAUUACAUCAAGUAAUAGAAAUAAUAUUCAUAAUGAAAAUGAACAAAAUCAAUAUAAUCAUGAUGAUAAUGAAGAACAAAUUGAAACAAUACGACUCGAUGAUGAUGUUCAACGAACUCGUUCACCACCAGUUUCAAAUACAAAAAAACAAACACCAUUACAACGAUCAUCAUCAAAUCAUAAACAACGUCGUUUUGAUUCAUUUCAAUUAAAUGAUAAUAAUACUGAAAAUAAACGAAAAGAAACAGGUAUUUCAUCGAAUAAAACAAUUGAAUCAUCUAAUGAAGAUGAUGAUGUUAAAGCACGUCGAAUCCGAGAUUUACAAAAUAAAUUAUCACAACAAGAAGAAGAUUCGAAAAAACAAAUAGAUGAAUUACAAACGAGACAAUCACGUCUUGAAAAUGCGUUGAAAUUAAUUGUUAAACAAACUGCAUAUGGUAAACGUCGUAAAGAAAAUAAUACCGGUAGUGACAAAAAUCCUGAUGGAUCUCUUGCUAAUAUUGAUUCACAGAAAGAAAAUGAUCAUUUUGAAAUCAAUUCACAAAACUCAUCGAAUUUUACUAAGAGUCGAGAUGAAAAUCGAUCAAAUAAAUCAUUUGGUGGUGUAUGGAAACCCGAUGCAUCAGUACUUCAUCGUAUGCAAGGAAAUUAA